UCAAUACAAGCUUAGUUUUUCUCUCUAGCAUUCUCUUCUCAUUUUUCCUUCCUCGUUUAUGCAAGCUUGCUUGCCGGCUUAAAGCCAUUGUGUGGGUGUUGAGUGCUUGUUGGGCGAGUGCUGAAGCACUAAGGCUGACUUGGGUUCUAAGUGCCGAGAUAAGGGUUGAGCCCAAAGCCGCACGGAAGGUGGUCUUAAGUAUCGCCCCGUGACACAUUAACUUUCUUACAAACUCUAAAGUUAGUAUUGAACCUCAAAAUAAAAACAACAAAAUAGAGUUAAGAAUCAAGGCAUUGAAACCAAUGAUAAUUCUCAGUGAGUCAUGAAUAUGGGUCCUCUUUUUUCUCAGACAUUUAUAGCUCCUUUUUAAUUUUUUCCAAAGUUAUAUUUUCACAAUUUAAUACAACAGUGAACUCUACCAAUUAUUGUAACUUCAAUUUCCUGACACCUGGUUUCAUUCCUUCAUCUUUUUCCUUUUGUUUUUUACGAAUUUAAUUAGAAUCUUGGUGUUUCUUGGAUACAUGUGCGAGGGCCCUUAUUGCAUACAAUUUGUGGAGUUUGCUCUGCUGUUAACAGUUUAGGAGGAUAAUCAAAUACAGUGUAGAAGUUUAAAGAAAAAGGGUGAGAUAUGGAUUUAGACUCUGAGGAUUCCGCUUUGGGUUUGUCUCAGGUGGAGGAUAAGGGACAGAAGAAUGGAGGACUCUCCGUGGACUCGAAGCAUGGUGGAUUGAGAAAUGUGAGAGUCAAGUCACUGAAUAAGUUUAAGAACUCCAGGGGCUUGCAAUUGGAGUCACCACCUUCAUGGUCAAUGAAGAGACCUGCUAUGGCUAAAGGAAAUGCGAGAAUAUCAUGCUCGGUUGAUGGCUGCAAAUCUGAUCUUGGAAAGUACAGGGAAUACUACAGGCGCCAUAGGGUCUGUGAGCACCACUCCAAGGACCCCGUUGUCAUCAUUAGGGGUGAAGAGCAAAGGUUCUGUCAGCAAUGUAGCAGGUUUCAUGCUCUUGGGGAGUUUGAUGAGGAGAAAAGGAGCUGCAGGAAACGUCUUGAUGGGCACAACAGGCGCCGAAGAAAAUCUCGGCCGGAAUCUUUGUUCACCAGCCCUGAAUCAAAUUUAGGUAGCACAAUCUUGCAAUUCUGCGAUGUAACCCCUGCAACGGUUCAUGAUAGUUAUGAGCAAUUGUAUCUUGUUGGUAGACUGAGGCCUCCAAAUCCCUUGGCUUGCAUCAAACGUGUAGAAAACAGAGAGUUCGCUGUCCUGUUGACAAAUGACCAUGAAAGGAUCAACCAAGUAAUCCCUGAGGUUUCUGAUGGUCGACGGUUUGCCAAUGUCAUUGCUUCAUCAGAGGGUGGCAGAGGUAGGCAAAAGAUGCAAGCCAAUGGAAUAAUCCGAUCCAUCGAUUCCUGUUGUGCUCUCUCUCUUCUGUCACCACUUGUGCCUCUGCACUCAAAUGUCAUCCAUUCAAUAGCACAGAACUCUAGCUCUCACGGAGGUAUGGGUCAGCCUUUUAGCUCAACUCUGAUCCCUGAGAGGAACCAGACCUUGCAGUGGCAACACGAUCCAUCAAGCUUGGCCCAAUCGCUUGCUCCUGAACUGCAAUGUUCUAUGCCAACGUGGUCAGGCUCUCCCCCAACAUCUGACCAAUUCCUUCCCUUUCAUCGCCUUGAGAUAUCUUUGUAUUGCGAUAACAAUGUCCUCUUUGAGCCCUAAUAUUUAGAUCAGACUGUGUAAUA